AUGUUGGAAUCCUUGCCCCCAUUGAAAUCUCUCUGCCUGCUAGGCGGAUAUAAGCCCGCAUUACUCACCCGUGGUAAAGUGCUUCGCAAGCAUGGACCGACACUCCUCGAAUUGGAAUUACAUCGGGCAUCGCCUUCGACGCAAGAGAUAGACCUGUAUGAGCUUGCCCUAGGCAAAGGAAUUGGUCCAGUUUUCUCGGUCAAUGAUAUUUUGGACCUCAGCCGCCAGCUUUCAUUGCUCAAGAAGCUGCAAAUCUGUGUUCAGCGCCGCCGUGGCCUUGAGGGAGCCGUGUACACAGCCCUAGGGCAGUUCACAUGUCUAGAGGAGCUAGAACUAGUUCUCAACUGCCUUCCGGAGAUGAACAGUCUCAGCCACCCGGUCCCGCCGCGUGAGUUGACAGAUUUCGAAAUGGCUCGAAUCUGGCAUAGUUCCGUGCUAGGCGGGUGGCCCAGAUGGUACAUGCGUGAUUUGUUGAUCAAUUGCGCCAUCGAUGAAGCGUUGGCCAAGGCAAUCUUCUCGUAUGUCUGGAAAGGUCGAAACGGGAAUUGCCUACAACGUCUGACGAUCCACCCUUUGUAUGGCCAGUUGGGAGAGUAUUCCAGAUACUUCUAUUAUGAAGACUGUAAAAAGGUUAAGGAGGAAGGCUUUCUAGACCAAAUGGCCCCGACGUGGGUAGUUGAGCCAGAUCUUCUGACAGGGCUACGAGCCCAGAAGUGUAUUAAGCCAAGGCGAAGUGGGUGGCGUAUUCGCCAUGGAAGAGGAAAAAGACGUUCAAACCGUGUUUCAGUCCCUCUGGCCCACAGAGGAUAUCAGUGCUUGGCAAUUUAUUGGCACAGUUGGCCCCUUACGUCUUCGGGAAUGGAUGGUUAG